AUGGCUGUGGCCCUGGGCUGUGCAAUCCAGGCCUCCUUGAAUCACGGCUCUAUGACUAAAGAGUACGAUACUGACUCUGAAGUCUUCCGUCAGCGCUUCAGGCAGUUCCAGUAUCGACAGGCAACUGGACCUCGUGAAGCUUUCGACUACCUCUGGAAGCUUUGCUACCAGUGGUUGAAGCCGACCAUGCACUCUAAAGAAGAAAUCUUGGAGCAACUAGUGUUUGAGCAAUUCCUGAACAUUCUGCCUCCGGAGAUACAGACCUGGGUGAGACUCUACCACCCAGAGAAUAGAGAAAGAGUUAUGGUGCUGGUAGAAGAAUUACAGCGAGAACUAGUGAUACCAGAGCAGCAGGUCAAUGGGCAGGAUAUGCCCUUGGAGGAAGUGGCACUUGUGGCAACUCCACAUAAACUCCCAAACCUCCAUCAGGAGUUACCUGAGACCCACGUUCCGGGACCUUCCCAGAAGGCCACAGUGGCAGAGGUGUGGCUCCCACAGGCAGGGACACAUAACCUGAACUGUGGUGAUGUUAGGAAAUGUCCACCCUUUCCUGAGCCAGGUUUUGAUACUGAGACAAAAAAUGAAGAGAACAUUUCACAACAGAAGAAUCUGGACGGGAAUGCUCUUCUUGCUCGUGACUUACCUCCAGACUGUGAACAAUUAGAUAAUAAAUGGGUAAACCUUCCAGGUUUAUCCAAGCUUGGAGAUGGUCAGAACCACCCUGUAGGAGAAACCCCUAGAAGUUCUAAUCUGGAAGAGCCUGUCACCCUUAGACCCAGUAAGGAAGAGGGUGCAGGAGAGAAACCUCACAAAUGUUCUCAUUGUGGUAAAUGUUUUGCUCGGAAGUCACUACUUACUGGGCACCAGAUUAUUCAUUCAGGAGCAGAACGUCAUAAGUGUCCUGAAUGUUUGAAAACCUUCCUUCGUAGGUCAGACUUUAACAGACAUCAACGAAUUCACACAGGAGAGAAGCCCUAUGAAUGUACCAUAUGUAAAAAGCGAUUCACUAGGAGGUCACACCUUAUAGGGCACCAGGGAACUCAUUUUAAAGCAAAAACAUAUAAAUGCCUGGAGUGUGGGAAAUAUUUUCAUCACACAUCAAGUUUUCAAAGACAUCAGAAAAUUCAUACAAGUGAAAGACCUUAUAAAUGUAGUACUUGUGGGAAAGGCUUUAUUCGACCGAGUGCUCUCACUCUGCACCAGAUAACUCACACUGAUGAGAGACCUUUUCAGUGUAAUUACUGUGAGAAAAGCUUUAGACACAAAUCAAGUUUUCUUAUUCAUGAAAGACUUCAUACAGGGGAGACACCAUACAAGUGUAAUUAUUGUUCUCAAAGCUUCAGACAGAGAUUAAGCCUCACUAUGCACAAAGUCACUCACUUAACAGAAGAUUUCAUGAAACACUUGAAGGAAUCCCCUCCUUCAGAAGUUCAUAGUGGUGGUGGUGCUGAGACCCAUUUUCCAAGUAGUAUGCACUAUUGA